CAUAGUUUCAAGGUUAGCACAACCCUUUUAUCUCAAAUGGUGUAUUCAUAACAUCGACCAAGACCUUUGCCCAUCCAGGACAUUCACAGAGGCAUGCUUUUCUGCUUCCAGGCCUAAGAAGAUCAUCUAUCACGAUAUUUACUCAAUACAUAGCCAUUCCAAGAGUUUCCCAUCCAGGAACGGAAUUCCUACGCGUUCUCAAGAUAAAACUCACCUGAAUACCGACAUGGCGUCGAACCUAGAAACAGUCACAGAGCGACUGGCUGCUGUUAAGCUAGAAAGCAAACCAGUCGUAACCUUCGUUAACGACACGCCUGCGGUAGCACAGCUGGUCGACCUUCUUGAUGGACGUUCAACAGUUCAACCUUCAAUUUUCAUCGACCUUGAAGGAGUGAACCUUUCUCGCCACGGAACCGUCUCGAUUAUGCAGGUCUAUUACAUGCCGAUCAAAUGUACCUAUUCGAUUGAUGUAUACACGAUGGGUGACAAGUGCUUUUCAACACCCGGGAGCAAUGGCCGCACCCUCAAGGACAUUUUAGAAUGCGAUAACAUAACCAAAGUGUUCUUUGAUGUUCGUAACGACUCAGAUGCACUUUAUGGUAGUUACCAGAUCAAAUUGGCUGGAAUUCAUGAUCUGCAGCUCAUGGAACUAGCAACGCGGUCCUUUUCAAGGAGAUGUGUCAACGGGCUGUCAAAAUGCAUCGAGCCUGAUGCUCCUCUGUCAGUACAGGAACGGUCGGACUGGGUUCGGGUCAAAGAGGCUGGACUUCGGCUUUUUGCGCCUGAGAAAGGUGGGAUGUAUGAGGUUUUCAACGAACGUCCAUUGCCCGAUGCUAUCAAGCUCUAUUGUGCCCAGGACGUUCAGAUUUUUCCACGUUCAUGGGCUCACUAUAAUGGUAGAAUGGAACAGAGGUGGCGUGAGAAGAUAAUCGCCGCAUCGAAGGCAAGGGUAAAGUCAUCUCAAUCUGCUACCUACAACGGCAAAGGACGGCACAUGGCUCUGGCCCCCAGUGGCUGGUAAGGCUUUCUUACACAGUUACUCCUGCAGUAUCGCGUACUUUUUGUAUAGCCACUUUAUUCGUUCUACUAGGAAGUUCCGUCCUCUAGCUAGCAUGACUGUGC